UUCGCUCCGUCUCCACCGACUCUGCGUGGCUGCCUGCAGCUCUCCGCCGUUCACCUCCGACGGCUGACUUGCGCGGCGAAGACCCUAUCCGGAGAAGCCGCAACCGGAGCGUGUUUCUCUUCUCGCGUUAUACGUACUUAGCAGCGUCAUCUUCUACAUUUCGAUCAUUGAUCAUGCAUAUACGGCUUCUUCCUGCAUAAAAGGUUUCAAAGAUCCGUGGCUGAUUUGGCUCCCUCAAAGCAGGGAAAAAAUGCCUCUUUACGAUUGUAUGCUUCUAUUUAAGCCUCAUUUAAAGAAGGAACCUAUCAUGGAUUUGGUUGCUAGGGUGGGAAAACAUGUUUAUAGAAGAAAUGGAGUUCUCACCGAUAUAAAGUCCUUUGGAACAGUUCAGCUGGGCUAUGGUGUUAAAAAGCUAGAUGGCAGAUAUUAUCAGAAUAAGUUUAAGAUCGGAAAAAACACAACUUGCAGGGCUCACCUUGUUGAUGAUGGUCCAUUUUCUGUUGCAAUCGGUGCUUGUAUGCUCACUUCUUUGCUGUUCCCUGUCUCCGAUGGUCAACAAGAGGAGGAUGGUGAUUCUGCCAUUGAUGGAACCGAUACUAGGUUUGCGGUGAUGGGGAUUAUUACUUUCAUUCCUUAUUUUAACUGGCUGAGUUGGGUUUUUGCAUGGCUUGACACUGGGAGAAGACGUUAUGCUGUGUAUGCACUUGUCUAUUUGGCCCCCUAUCUAAGGUCAAACCUAUCACUCUCACCGGAAGAAAGCUGGCUGCCUAUUGCUAGCAUUAUUUUCUGCAUUAUUCACAUUCAGCUAGAAGCAAGCAUCAGAAACGGAGAUAUACAGGGGUUUCAAAUAUUCAGGGAAGUUUCAAAUCAGAUAUCUUCGGCCAAAAGGAAGAAAGACCAUUUGAAUCAGAAGGAAGAAAUGUCUCAGGGAAGCAAGAAAGAGAACAGGAACCUGCCACCUGUCCAAGAACAAUCAAGGGAUAUUGGGGACUGGGAAGAUCCUCAAAGGUCCACAUCAUUUCACCAAAAAACCACGAAUGACAACUUGCUUGAGGAUGAUGAUGACAAUAGUAAACACUAGGAUGCCAGCAUCGUUUGAUAUUGUAUAUUGCAUUGUCCAUGGGUUCUUUAUAGAAGAUGGAUCAAAGUGCUGACAUACAAAUAAACAACCGUGCAUAUAUCACACUCUGUCAUGGCCAAUUCAGCUGUUGAUAAGUUUUUCAAGUAGUCUGUUAAUGCAAUGCGGGAAUGUGUUGGAUUAAAUGUGUGCCAUCUAGGAUUGAAACUUUACUAAAAUUAUACUGCAAUUAUAAAUUUGUGAGCAUACAGGAAGAGCGUGGUUGUAUUUAGAUGGAACUGUUUCAACAUUUUCACAGACUUGUGCACCAAAUUAGGCUUAUAAACAUCCCGAAUCAACUUCAA